UGAGUCGAAAACUUGUUCUGUGGUGAUGUAAUUUCCCUAAAAGUCUGCCUCCCUUUCCCGUUUACAUGCCAACAAUCUCUUGGGUCUCCUGUUACCAUGAACACACCACAUGAAGAAACAACCCUGUCCUCACAUGACCUUUCCAAACAGGAUCUGUAUCUGUGUAUCCCACACACUGGGCCUGUAGUCAGACUUCCUCCUGCAUUAAUCAGAGAACAUGUUUUGGUUCUGGUCCUACCAGUUAGUGGACAUUUCUUAUCUUCUCCAACCAGCUGGAAGGAAUGAUGUCAACUCCUGUAAUAAGUUAUUUAAUGUCAGUUCUUUGGCUGAAAUUAAAGACUCCGCCUCAUUCAAACUGCACCACCCAGUCUCAUUAAAGCCUCCGCAGACAGUAACUGCAGAUGUAAACAUCAAGUUGUUCAUUCUCAUCUAUUGUACCAUCAUUUUACACCAACCAUGGGCAACAGCUCUUCAAGAGAUUUAGAACUAAAGAAACAAACUGUCUUUAAUUCCUGGGUUUACAGGAUCCCUGCUCUCUUCUACAGUGAAGACCAGACUCUUCUGGCCUUUGCAGAGAAGAGGACAGGUCAGGACGACACGAGCAGCAAACACCUGGUGAUGAAAACAGGAACGCUAAAGGAAGAAAACUCUCAGAAGACGAUUGAGUGGUCUGAUUUCAAAGAGGUGAAAGAGGCUCAUCUUCAUGGAUACCGUCCUAUGAACCCCUGCCCGGUGUAUGACAGAGACAACCAAACACUCUUCCUGUUCUUUACCUGUGUGGAAGGAACUGUGUCAGAGCAGUGGCAGAUAAACAACCGCACCAAUAAAACCCGUCUGUGCUUCGUUACAACCACAGACACAGGCCACAGUUGGAGCGCAGUGACUGAUCUCACUGACAGACUGAGUGAAAUUAGACAGUGGGCCACGUUUGCUGUUGGUCCAGGUCACGGGAUCCAAACAGAUAGUGGUAGAUUGAUUGUGCCACUGUAUGCUUAUUGUAUCUCUACUCUAUGUUGCAGCUCAACCCCGUAUGUGUUCUGUCUGUAUAGAGAUAAAAACGACAGUAAUUGGCAACUUGGAAAACCCCUUAAAAAAAACUCACUGGAAUGUGAAAUGGCAGAGGUUUCUGAUGGCAAACUCUACUGCAAUGCCCGUAGUAAGGGAGGCUACCGAGUGGAAGCUCUCGAUAUGGAGACCCUUGAAGAGACUCAUAAGCUUGUGGAAACCGGGGGAGGCUGUCAGGGAAGUGUGGUUUCCUUUCCAGCUCAACGUCAAGCUGCAGAUUGUGAAACAAAGUGGCUGCUGUUCAGCCACCCGACUGACCAGUCCAAAAGGAUCAACUUAGGACUUUAUCUGAAUAAAUCUCCAACCAAUCCGAAAGCUUGGAGCAAACCCUGGACCAUCAACAGCGGACCCAGUGGGUACUCAGACCUGGCUCACAUUGGUGAUGGUUGGUUUGUGUGUCUGUUGGAGUGUGGAAAGAAGACAGAAACUGAGCAGAUCGUCAGUGUAGUUUUCAGCAACUUCUACAGCUGCGUGGUUGAGAGCACCAUGACCAGCUGCAUCACAGCUACACUACUGUUGCGGACCGCAGUCGCCUGCAGAGAGUGGUUAAGGCGGCUGAGAGGAUCACCAGGAUACCACUGCCCUCUCUGCAGAGCAUCUACCACCACAGAGUCCACAGGAGAGCUGCCUCCAUGCUCAGAGACCCCACCCAUCCACAACACGGACUGCUCACACUUCUACCCUCAGGCCGGAGGUACAGAAGUUUGAAAUGCAAAACAACGAGACUCAAAAACUCUUUCUUCCCCUCUGCAAUCAGACUCCUGAACAGCUGACAGGAGUCACAUCAAUGUACCACCUCGUCACCUUACACCUGUACUUCUGUUUACAACUGUGCACUUGCACAGCUGUUUACUGUUUACAUCCCAUGGUAUUCAUUGCACAUUGCACAUCAGACACUUUUAAAAUUACUGUAAUAUUGAGUUAUUUUUAUUUAUUUUUUACUUACUGUACUUAUUGUAAUAUUCUGUUUUUUACUAUUCUAUAAUUGGGUAAUAUUGUGGGUUUUUUUGUGUUACUUAUUGUACUUAAUGCGUCGGUAUCAGGGUGGACAGCACAGCAAAGAAAGAAUUUCAUUGCACAGAGGAAACUUGCUUUCGUUUGUUUCAUAUAACAAUAAACAUCUAUAGAUAGAUAUCUAUCUAUCCAUCUAUCUAUCUAUCUAUCUAUCUAUCUAUCUAUUCUCCAACGAAGAAUAAAUAAUUGUGUUUCAGAUGAAGGUGGUGCACUUCAUUGCUUAUAUUAAGAACAAAUGAAGAAGGCAGACAUAUUUACUGUAUUAAAGGGGUCAUAUUAUGCAAAA